AUGAGCUCCUUCCGCUUCGCUCGCUCUGCCCUGAGGGCCCGCCCCUCCCUCUUCAGCGCUCCCAUCCAGCGCCGUGGAUACGCCGAGGCCGUUGCCGACAAGAUCAAGCUGUCCCUGACCCUUCCUCACCAGUCCAUCUACCGCUCCACUGACGUGACUCAGGUCAACCUCCCCGCCGCCUCCGGCGAGAUGGGUGUCCUUGCCAACCACGUUCCUUCCAUUGAGCAGCUCAAGCCCGGUCUUGUUGAGAUUAUCGAGGAGAGUGGCGCUACCAAGCAGUUCUUCCUCUCCGGUGGCUUCGCCGUCGUCCAGCCCGACUCCCAGCUGAGCAUCAACGCCGUCGAGGGUUACCCCCUCGAGGACUUCAGCGCCGACGCUAUCCGCAACCAGAUCGCCGAGUCCCAGAAGAUUGCCAACGGCAGCGGCAGCGAGCAGGAUAUUGCUGAGGCUAAGGUUGAGCUGGAGGUUCUCGAGACCCUGCAGGCCCAUGUCAAAUAG